CAAUAAGCCGAGUGGCGGAGAGGGGAGAGAGAGAGAGAGAUGGAGAGGGGGAGAGGGGAACCGGCGAGCGGCGAAAACUCAAAAAAUUUGGACUCCCCCCAUCGAACGUUCAUCGGCGCUCACACGAACAAGCCAAAGACAGUCAACCCAAAUUAGGCCGUCGAUCCAUUCCUUUCCUUUCCAUUCCAUUCCACCGUACUAAAAAUCCCUCACAUGCUUCUCACGCGUCCUCCCAACCCCAAGCCCAACCGGCAGCAAACCCUUUGGUAACCUCUCUCUCUCUCUCUCUCUCUCGUCAAAAUCCUCACCGACGCUCCACCCCCAAUCAGUAACCGACAACUUAAUCGCUUCGUAUGGAGGAGGGCGACGGAGGCGCUUCCACUUCUCCGCCCACGGCCACGGCCACGCCGGCCAAGCAUACGCCGGCGAUGCCUGUGCGCGAGGACUGCUGGUCGGAGGAAGCGACUCACACGCUCGUCGAGGCUUGGGGCGAGCGUUACCUGGAGCUGAACCGCGGCAACCUCCGCCAGAAGCACUGGCAGGAAGUCGCCGACGCCGUCAACGUCCGCCACGGCCACGUCAAAAAGGCUCGCCGGACGGAUGUCCAGUGUAAGAACCGCAUCGACACCUUGAAGAAGAAGUACAAGAUCGAGAAAGCUAGGGUUUCCGAAUUGGCCGGAACGUAUACCAGCCAGUGGCCCUUCUUUUCCCGCCUCGACUCUCUCAUCGGCUCCUCCUACAAGCCUUCGCCGACGCUGGCGCCGGCGCCAAGAGCUCACCGGAAGACACCCCCGCCGGCGCUCCCUCCCCCGCCGUCUUCGGUUCCGGUCGGUCCAAGGUCCAAGCGUCCGGCGGCGGCUCUUUCUCCGGCGCUGCUGGACAAUUCUUUUCUCCGGCGAAACUUCUCGGCGAUGGCUGCGGCAGCCGCGGCAGCGGCCGAGGCGGAGGAGGAGUCGGACACAUCUAGGUCUAGGUCGAGCGCGGGGAGCCGAAGGAGGGAAGGCCAUGGGGACGGGACGGAUGGGUAUCGGCGGCUGGCGGAGGCAUUAGAGAGAUUUGCGGACAUUUAUGAGAGAGUGGAGGAGGCUAAGCAGAGGCAGAUGGUAGAGUUGGAGAAGCAGAGGAUGCAGUUUGCUAAGGAUUUGGAGAUUCAGAGGAUGAAGCUUUUCAUGGAUUCCCAGAUACAGCUCCAAAAGAUUAAGCGGGCAAAGCGGACCUCAGAAGCUGCAGAGAGUUACUUGUAACCAAGACAGUCAUCGUUGGGGAACCACUUUUCAUGCCAUGCAGAUGCUGAUAUUGGAUAGUGGAGGUAGAUUUCCGUUUUACCCUCAAAUCACAUAGGUUUAUACUAACUUUGUAAAAGAGGAUGUCUUAUGAAUAGUACGUAGUUUGUGAAGUGUGGAUGAUAUUUGUUUUUUGUUUGUGGAAAUAUAUUUCCUUAGUUGUGAACUUGUGUUUUAUCUUCUUUUGCUCUAGGAAACAUCAAAAUUACAUCGAGAAAGGGUGAUUCAAAUGCAAUGUUUUGCUUAAUAUUUUUA